AUGUCAGGCUUGUAUGAUCGAGUUCCGAAGUCGGAACCCAGCCUAGCCAUGUCCGGCUUAGCUGUUCCGAUUCCAGUGUCUCAUGGACUAUCUGAUGUUCCUUCUGCCCAUCCAAUCCCCGCCUCCUCUCUCGAUAAUCUUACCAUGGACAUGAAAAAUCUGGUCAGAAAAAUUCAAGACCUCAGUCACUUGGGGAUUGAGGACAGCAAGAUUAUGCUUCCGAAAAUAUGUGUCGUCGGUGACCAAAGCACCGGGAAAAGCUCCCUCAUCGAGGGUAUUUCCGAGAUCAAGGUGCCUAGAGCCGAAGGCACCUGCACGCGGUGCCCGUUAGAGAUCAAUCUUUCCGAAAGCGACGACAACUGGAAAUGCGUGAUUCACCUAUCACGCCGCUACAUCUUUGAUCCAUCGAAGCGGAUGAAGAUGCCCAAGAAGUCAGAGCCACUAGGACCAUGGAUUGCGCUUGGCGGCCAAGACGAUGAACAUUUCAUCACCUUGGAUAACAAGCAGGAAGUUAAGAAGGCUAUCUGGUGCGCCCAGUUAGCUAUCUUGAACCCUAGUACAGAUUCGCAGGAUUUUCUUCCCGGAUCUACCGACAUGGCACAGACACCUCAGGUUAAGUUCUCUCCGAAUGCCGUGCGCCUGGAUAUAUCUGGUCCUGGUCUUCCAAAUCUAUCGUUCUACGAUCUUCCUGGAGUGAUUAGCCAGACAGAACAAGAUAAUGAACGAUACCUGGUCAAUCUGGUGGAAAACCUUGUCAAAGAUUAUGUUUCUCAGGAGCAUUGCAUUGUACUCCUCACCCUGCCCAUGACAGACGAUGCGACAAAUUCCAGCGCUGCUCGUCUCGUCAGGGACAUCAAGGGCGCGAAAGAGCGCACCCUUGGGGUGUUGACGAAGCCGGAUCGCCGGCCCUCCGACGAAGCAUUUGACCAAUGGCAUGAGAUUCUGGAUGGAAGCAAGUUCAAGCUUGGCCACGGUUAUUAUGUCAUUCGAAACAAUCCUGAUCCACUUGUCAGUCACGCCCAAGCUAGGAAGGAGGAAGAGAUGUUCUUUGAUUCUUCACUGUGGACACGGGACCUCGCCGCAUUCGAAGAUCGCUUUGGCACGAGACAACUCCAAACGGCAUUGUCUGACCUCUUGAUGCGUCAGAUCUUAGGAUCUUUGCCCUCCAUCAUUGCCCAGAUUGAUGAGAAGUCCAAGGCAAUUGAUGAAGAACUGCAAACCCUUCCAAAUCCUCCCACUGAGGAUGUCCAAAGAAUCCUUUGGGGGAAAACUUCAGACCUUGAAAGAAAAAUUCAUGAACUGUUCGAUGGGACCCCCAGCAUCGAGCACGGUUCUUCCCAGCGAAAGCCGCUGCAAGAGCAGUGGAACAAGAUUGUUAUGGACCUUCAAACCGCACUUGCGAAGACACGCCCCAUCUUGGAUGUUGCUGCGCAGAAGGACCAUGAGGACUUGGCUGAAGUUGUUGACUCGGAUUGUGAGUUACAAAUUUUGAGCGUUAGCACAACAACGCCAAAGAAACGAAAGUCGCCUGCGAGUUGUACCCCUGCAUCGGAACCAGCAACUCCGAGAAGGACUGUGUACAGCACAUCCCACUUCGAGGGGUCGAAGUCUGCCAGAAUCAGUCUACAGCAGCUCACCGAACUCAAGAUUCGCUCUAACACAGUUGGUGUACCGAACCAGCUUGAUCCCCGAGCGAUCGAGAAUUUGAACAAGAGGAGCGUUGAGCAUUGGGGAAGACUCAUGGAGAUUUUCCUCAAGGCUACGCAUAAUCUUGUCCACAGUAUGCUUCUUGAAGCUCUGGAGGAAGAAUUUGCACAAUAUCAUCAAACUGGGCUGUAUCAGGAACUUAGCAGAUUUCUGAAAGAGUUCAUGGGCAAGCUGCGCCAGGCCCAUCUUCAAAUUGCUAAGGAUUAUUGCAAGUCCGAGCGUGAGAUACCGUUCACAAUGGCCCAAGGUCAGCAUCAACUCUUGAUGCAACAGACUUCGAACGUCCUGAAAGCUCGUCGAUUCAAUACUCGCGCAACUUGCUGGCUGAAAAUUCGUGGCCAUGAUAACGAUGACAAGAUUUCGGAGAAGGUGAAGAGGAUCCAAUUAGAGCAACUUGGUCCUGAUAGAUACUCCCAAGAACUUGAAAUGAUGGCCAGCUCGCUUGCAUACUACGAUAUCGCAUCUUCUCGUUUCCUGGACGUGUUGUGCCAGUCUACUCACAUGAAGUUGUUCCGGGCUUGCCGUGCAAGUCUCGUUAGUACUCUUCGUGAUGACCUUGAAAUAUUUGGCGACAACGGUCGCGCCCGCUGCCUUGACCUCAUGACGGAGGACCCUGAGCGCCAGCAUCGCCGUGCUCAGUUACUGAAAGAGCGGGAGAAGUUUUCGAAAGCUCAGGAAUGGUUGGACUCUGUCCGAGAUUCGGAUGUCGAGAUGGAAGACGACCAAACUGCUGUUCCAGACAUCAAAGAGGACUGGUGA